GCCAUUUUGAUGGUAAACACCGUGGGUGGAUCAGAUCGAGCACGGAUAGACAGCAAAUUUAGCACGCCGGUACUUUGAUUGAUUGGUCAGCAAAAGCUGAACAGCUGAGCCAUGUCAUCUGAUAACCAGGACACAGAGACGCACACGGAGCAGCUGGACGAGACUCAGGACACAAACUCAAACCCUGUGCGGACAGAGGAGGCCAAAUUGAAAGCCAAAUAUCCCAACUUGGGACAAAAGCCAGGUGGCUCAGACUUCCUGAUGAAGAGGCUGCAGAAAGGGCAAAAGUAUUUUGACUCAGGAGAUUACAACAUGGCCAAGGCAAAGAUGAAGAACAAACAGUUGCCUGCUGCUGCUGGUCCAGACAAGAACAUCGUCACUGGGGAUCACAUUCCAACCCCUCAAGACCUUCCACAAAGAAAGUCCUCAUUGGUUACAAGUAAACUGGCCGGUUAACAUCACCCAUAGUUUAAAAAAAAAGAACCUCUUACCAAACUUCCAAAAUGUUUCCCAAAACCUCCCCAGCCCCGCCUGACCAGCUUCAUCAGGACUGGUUAUCUAUUAUUUGUUUAAUUUAUCAGGGUGUAGAGUUUUACUGCCCUUUCACUUCAAUAGGUCUCAGCAACCCAGCUCUGAUAUCCUUUGCAGUGUCCCACAUAGGGAAGGAAAAACUAAACACUCAGUUCUUCAAGCCCCAGUGGAGCAUGAUGCACUUUACUCUGUGUACCUUGUAUAUCAGUAACAUUAAGAACAAAACCCUGAAGACUUCCUUAAAUGCUGUUAUAUGCUUUUAAAUAUUUCAUAUUAAUGUGUCAAAUUAUUCACAACUAAUGACUGUUUGAGAUUGUUUAAAGAGGCAUUGUUUUAUAGAGAUAAUACUUGACAGCCAUUGGUCCCAGAAGUACAUCAGCAACCCUUUAAUCACAGUAACACUUGAUAAAAAAAUGAAUGUUUUCUAAGAAUUGGUUAAUGAUCAGAUUAAUAUUGGUAAAGAGUAGGUGGGUAGUUGUAUAGCCUUCAUCCACUCUUCUACAUCUCACUCUUUAAGUAUGGCUCAGUUGAACCAAGGGAUUAUUUUACUAUUCACAGCCUUCACCCACCGAUCUGAGCUAGCAGUUCCAACCAGCCAGAUUAUAUUAUUGUAAUCACAGUUUUUGGGUGUAAACAUGGACUAUUGUAAUUCACUAAUAAUAGACAAGAGCCAAAAUGGUCAUUGUAUGUGGCAUGAUAAUCAAAGGGUCUUAACAAAUUAUCUUGCAUUGUAUAUGGUUUCUCUUUUUAAGCCUGAGCAUGCCUGUUUAUAACUGCAUAAAAAUGUUCAGUCUUUUUAGGCGUUUAUGAAAGGUAGUUGCUAAAUAUGUUGAAUUUUAGGCCAUUCAGUGUUUCUGUAAACUAACUACAGCAGUGUAUUUAUUAAUAGGAUUAAUGUUUGACUAUUUUGUGAUAUCUGAUGUUUUCUUAUGUAGUGUUACGACCCCUUUGAUCAUCUGAGAUAAACAAGAUGACUGCAUCCUAUUAUCAUAUCAAACUGAGUCUGUUUGGUCCUAAAACCUGAUGUGAUAAGAGCUCAGCGAGUGUAAAUCCUGAGGACUGAGGUGCAGAAAAAUUACAAAAUAAUCUGGAUAGUAAUGUGUUUAUCUACUUGAACUUGCCAUUUGAAUUAGAUGUUCAAAUGUGUUCUAAAAGUAUUGGAAAAUAUUACCCAUGGAUUGCAUUUACACCAUGAAACCUUCAGUUGUUGACAUUUAGCGUAGCAUCAUGUGAGAUUUAAGUUAAGAACAAACAUAACACUUACUGAUGACUUUGAGGAAUAUUAUAUCUUUGACCUAUUUUUCCUAUGUGGUCUUUAAAGAUAUACUCUACUCAUCUCUUAUUAAAUUGUCCUUCUCUCAAGGGCAUGAAUCAAUGAAACUCAGUUUGUUCUUCAAUGUUUAAAGAAGUCUGGACAGGGCUGCUGUAAAUCAUAUGUAACUUUGUGAUGGAACUUAAAAAAGUAGUUCACCUAAAAAAAUAAAAUAAAAAUAAAAAUCUCUCAUCAUUUACUUAA